CCACAUACCGCCCUCGGUCACAAGAAGACUCCUCCCUCCCUUACGACAGCUGUCACGUCUUUACGCUGUAGUGUACACGCGCUUAGAUGCAAUGUUGUCUUCCGUGUAUCAUACACUAAACAAAGCGCCCAAGUGAUUUUUUGAUUAAGCUGUAUGGCUGCGAUUAAUGUCACCUGAACGGUACGGGGUCGCUGCAAUGAGACGGAGACUGCCUAGGAGCCUCCCAGAGUGGACGCGAUCGUUAUCUGGCGCAGUGUGAAACGGGAACGGAUCAAAGUGCAACGAGGGGGUCGCUUUGGGGGCUUGGGCAUGUAAGGAAAAGUGCUUGGGAAACGCCACGCUCUUAGGCUUAGAAAGCAUUCACGAAGAGUGGCAAGGCAUUACAGAUACCUCAGCUCAAUUAAACCUACACGAUCGAGAUAAUUCAGGUAGCAAAAAAAUGGAGAAAAAAUCAUCUUGGAAAGGGUUUAUAGAGUCCAUCAGCGUCAUACAGUUCAUAUUGACAUUCCUCUUCUUGGGAGUGCUGUGUGUUGUGUUGAUGGUAUAUCUCAUGUUUACCUCCCUCUGGAUUCUCCCAACACUGUACUUGUCCUGGCAAAUCUUGGACUGGCACACACCAGAAAGAGGGGGCAGAAGAACUGCAUUUGUGCGAAACUGGCGAGUAUGGAAACAUCUGAAAGAUUAUUUCCCUACAAAGUUGGUGAAGACAGCUGAGCUGAGCCCAAGUAAGAACUACAUCCUGGGAUGCCACCCCCAUGGGAUCAUGAGUGUUGGAGCUUUUACCUGUUUCGGUACAGAGAGCUGUGGUUUCACAGAGGCUUUCCCAGGAGUGCGCUCCUGCCUGGCCGUCUUGGGAGGACUCUUCCGGAUACCGCUGUUCAGGGAGUACAUCAUGCGUAUAGGCCUUUAUCCAGUAAGUAAGAGGAGUAUUGAGCACCUGCUGACCAGGAGUGGGGUAGGGAAUGCGGUGGUCAUCGUCACCGGGGGUGCAGAAGAGUCCCUCUUCUCCUCCCCAGGAGUCAACACUGUAGUCAUGAAGAACAGGAAGGGCUUUGUCAAGCUGGCACUUGAGAACGGAGCUGACCUGGUGCCAGUGUACUCGUUUGGGGAGACCGACACCUUCAGGCAGGUGGUGCUGUCCGAGGGCAGCCUGGGUCGCAAAGCCCAGGCCAUCUUCAAACAGGUCGUGGGCUUCGCCCCGUGCCUCUUCAAGGGGGAGCGCUGGUUCCUGAUGCCCUACCGGAGUCCUGUCACCACCGUCGUGGGAAGUCCCAUCACAGUGCCCAAGGCACCAUCUCCCACUCAGGAACAGGUGGAUCACUACCACCAACUGUACAUUGAGGCCUUGACCACACUUUUUCACAAGCACAAGACCAGCUGUGGCCUGGCUGACACGCACCAGAUCUGCAUCAUCUAGAUCAUUCCAGAAUGAGGCUGAGAUCCAAGUCAAAGACAUUCCCAAAGAGUGCCUGUUUUAGCAGCCAAAUCGAUGAUUGAUUAUUUAUGUCAUUAUGUUGAAAUGGUAUGUAAUAAUGUUGUUUAUGUGUUAUGUGUAAAUGUUAAAGAUUACUAAUAUAUGCUUCCAAUUGCAGUCUUUCCGGACUUUGGAUUCAUUUAAAGUCGAUGUCUGUAUUUAUUGCUAUGUACUGGUUAUGCAUUGCUCUUUUAUUAAUGGGAUGUGUGGUCGAUACAGCUUCAUAAAUAGCUUCUGUCAAAGAAA